UAAAUUAGGGCUCAAACCUGUUCGAAGUACUCUCUCUCUCUCUCAAAUACUCUCUGUGUAUCUGAAGGUGGUGUUCAGUGACAAUGCUCUCUGGGGACAUACCGCCUAAUCAGACCAUAUACAUAAAGAAUCUCAACGAGAAGGUCAAGAAAGAAGAGUUGAAGAGAUCUCUUUACGCCUUGUUCUCGCAGUAUGGAAGGAUUCUGGACAUUGUUUCCCUGAAGACGACCAAGCUUCGAGGACAAGCAUGGGUUGUGUUUAGUGAAGUGACAGCUGCCAGUAACGCAGUGCGACAGAUGCAGAACUUUCCAUUUUAUGAAAAACCUAUGCGGAUACAAUAUGCAAAAACAAAGUCGGAUUGUGUUGCUAAAGCAGAUGGAACCUUUGCCCCAAGAGAUAAGAAAAAGAAGCAAGAGGAAAAAGCUGAAAGAAAGAGACGUGCUGAAGAAACGCAGCAAUCGGCUACUGCUAAUGGUACAAGAACAGAUAGUAAUGGAGGCCCAUCUGCAUCCUUCCGCCAAGGAAAGCCAAGCUCACAAGAAGCAGCUGCAGCUCCAAACAAUAUACUUUUUAUACAGAACUUACCCCACGAGACAAUCAGUUCGAUGCUGCAAGUUCUGUUCGAUCAAUACCCUGGUUUCAGGGAAGUUCGAAUGAUCGAGGCAAAGCCGGGAAUUGCCUUUGUAGAAUACGAGGAUGAUGUGCAGUCCUCGGUCGCCAUGCAGGCCCUUCAGGGUUUCAAAAUCACUCCUCAGCACCCCAUGGCCAUCGCAUACGCCAAGAAGUAGUAAGCAAUGUUUUUUUCUUGGUAAGUGAUGAUUUUGUGUCUGCGUAGCUUUUACUGAGGAAUUGUAUCAAUCAAUUGGGAAGAGUUUUAUACAUUGUAAUACCGUAUAUUUGCCGAGUACCAAUGACAAUGUUCUUUGUUUUGUCUA